CUUUACAUCGCACACAUACUGAUCUUUUCCUUUCUUUCACUUCACUGUCUUCUAAAAAUGGCUUCAAACCCUACCUCCCCUAAUCACUCUUCUUCCUCCUCCGAAAGCGACCCUGACUCCACCGCUGCCGGCGGCCUCCGUUUAGAGGUUCCAGAGAUCCCAGCUCACCGACUAAAAACCUACGCCACUCUGCCCCUUCCAGUCCAAGUAGCCCCCAAACACGAGGCUAUAGAUCAACCUUCCAUCUUCCAAGACAGCGAUCCCAUUGUGCAAUUCGUGAACUCCCUGGGUGGCUUGUCCAAUGACGAUGAGUUUAACGCCAAACUCAGGAUCUGGGUUUGCAGUCCCGGGGAUCGCCCCUGGCUUCACAAGCCAGACGGCGACGUAAAGAGAUCCCAUUUCUUCUUUGCGUACGAAUAUAUGUUUAGCGAGCUUGGAAUCAGGCUUCCUUUCUCACCCUUUGUCCAAACCGUCCUCCGCGACAUCAACGCGGCUCCCUGUCAACUCCACCCUAACGCCUGGGCUUUCAUUCGAUGUUUUGAAAUCCUAAGCGCCGCUGUCGGCAUCGCCCCAUCCCCCACCAGUUUCUUCUACCUUUACGACGUCGACUCCAAGUCCAUCAAAAACAAAGGAUGGAUUUCCUUGAAGGCCCGAGCCGGCCGGAAGUGUUUGCAUCCUCACAAAAGUAACGCGAAGUCCUCCUUCGCACGAAAGUACUUCCGUGUGGCGGUUCAUCCCGCCUACCCAGAGGCAUUCACCCUCAGAGACGGGACCGCCCUCUUUCCUCUUUAUUGGACGGAGAAGCCCAACGGGAUCACCGAUCCCUCAGAGGAAUCCUUGUCCGCCAACGAUAAAGCCUUUCUUGAUCUCCUUGCCCCACUUCCCAUCCUUGACUGCACAACAGUCCUUGAGGGCGCUGACCUCUCAAGAACUCCCAAAUACUUAGAAGAUAUGAAUUUCACGAACGCCGAGCUCCUGAAGGCCCGUGAGAGGAGAAUGGCUCGCUUUUCCCCAAAAUUCAACACUGAGGGCGACGCGAAAAAACGGGGCGGUGCUGAGAACCAAGCCGAGAGCACCAAAGCUCCCAAGAGGAGAAGAUUGACCAAGACCUCCUCCGGCGCCGGCACAUCCAACCCUGGCGCUCAGCCCACCACUGCUGCUGCGCCUAAAGGCAAAAAUGUCGCUGAAGCCUCCAUCGCCGCAGCUACCGAGCCAACCGCCGUAUCAGCUUCUACUCCUGCCUCCGCCGGUGCGACCGCUGCUGUUGCCGCUGAGUCCUCUGUUGGCGCCACAGCCGCCUCCGCCGGCGUUAACGCCACAAAAGCUGCUGCGUCUUCCGACACUCCUAUUGGAGAGAAGGAAAAAGAAAAUGAAACCCCAAAGUCUCCCCCUCACCAAGAGGCGCCUCCUAGCCCGCCCCCAACACGUGAUGCGGGCUCCAUGCCUUCCCCACCUCAUCAAGGGGAAAAAUCCUGUCCUGGCGCUGCCACUACCUCUGAAGCGGCUCAAAUUGAACAAGCCCCUGCUCCCGAGGUCGGUUCUUCAAGCUAUUAUAAUAUGCUCCCCAACGCCAUUGAACCCUCAGAAUUCUUACUUGCUGGUCUCAACCGUGACGUCAUAGAAAAAGAAGUUUUGAGUCGGGGCCUGAAUGAUACCAAGGAGGAGACUCUUGCUUGCCUCCUACGCGCUGGGUGCAUCUUUGCUCACACGUUUGAGAAGUUCAAUGCCGCCAACGUUGAAGCUGAGCGGUUGAAGGCCGAAAGUGCUAAGCAUCAAGAAGCCGCCGCUGCUUGGGAAAAGCGUUUCGACAAACUAGCGACGCAGGCAGGAAAAGACAAAGUCUAUGCCGACAAGAUGAUUGGCACGGCGGGGAUUAAAAUCGGCGAGCUGGAGGAUCAGCUGGCGCUGAUGAAGGAAGAAGCAGAUGAGCUUGAUGCAAGCCUUCAAGCUUGCAAGAAGGAGAAAGAGCAAGCUGAGAAGGACUUGAUCGCCCGAGGCGAGGCGCUGAUUGCUAAGGAGUCAGAGCUUGCCGUUCUGUGA